CCAAAAGAUCCAUGCCGAUGCCGACAAAUGCAUUCUGACGCUCCAUCAUCCUUGUUCUACAGGAGCUAUUAGAUCCGAGCAAGGCAUGGCUUUAUUGAUGCCUUGGAAUGCCUAUCUGCUUCUGGUUGUUUGAUAAACGUUGAUGGCUAUUUGCUCAUAAUUUUGGGUCUCUAUAAAGGUAAACAAAGAAAUUCCAUCCCACCAAGAAUACGUCUGCCCAACCAUAAAAAAGAGACCAUGAAGAUGCAAAUUUCUCUCUUUCUGCUCUCCCUUGCUUUGGCGGGGAGUGAUGCAUUUGUGGUUCCUCGAGUACCAGUGGCACCUGUGGUGGUGACAUCGCAUCCAGUCUCUCUGGCCCCUCGUUCGGUGAUUCUUCGCCGCCACCCCAACAGCAAGCUCUCCGCAACCGUUACGGCUGGCACCCAAGAAGAUGAUGCCCCCGAAGACGAACCUGGAAUUUGGCCCAACGGCGAUGAAUUGGACAAACGGUUGAUGAAGAUUGCCAUUCCCAUGACCAUUACAUUCUUGGUCACGCCUCUGAUGGGGUACAUUGAUUUAUUCUGGGUCAAUCGAAUGGGAAAUCCUCUCGCUGUGGCGGGUCAAGCAGCGUCGAAUCAAAUUUACAAUACGGCCUUUUGGCUCGCCUCGUUUCUACCCAGUGUCACUGCCACCAUGGUCGCCAAGGAUUUUGCCAGUGGCGACAAUGACGCUGUCCAGGACUCGGUUUGCCAGGCUCUCUUUGUCGGAAUCUUGAUUGCUGCCAUUGCCACACCACUCCUCUUCUUUCGCCCUGAAGCUGGACUGGUAUCGGUAUUGAAAGGAUCUGCCCCGGCCAUGAAAUAUGCCAAACCCUACUUGAUGAUUCGGGCGUUUGCCUUUUUGCCGGGAAUUCUGAGUCUCGUGGGAUUCUCCGCCUACCGAGGAACACUGGACAUGGUCACCCCCACCAAGCUCGUCUUUCUCACCAACUUUCUCAAUGCCAUUCUGGAUCCCAUUUUCAUCUUUUCGUGCAAAAUGGGUGUCAGUGGUGCUGCCUUGGCAACGUUGGUGGCGGAAGUGGUGGCAGCCGUCACCUAUGUGGUCUUGCUGUUCAAAAAGAACUUUAUUUCCAUCAAGAAAAUCUUUCGAUUGCCUGCAUGGGCCAAGUUGGAACCGUUGAUCCGGGGAGGAUUUGGAAGUACCAUGAGGCUGUUGGCCAUGAACAUUACCUUUCUCGCCGUCGCUCGAGUGACGCAGGGAAUGGAUCCCACAGGAGUUGCGGCCGCAGCACACGCCUUGGCCUUGCAGACAUUCCAAAUGGGUGGUGUGGUCUUGUUUGCACUCUCGACCGUCGCUCAAGCCGUCAUUCCUGCCGAAAUGGUGGUCAAGAAGGAUGAAAUCACUGGCAAGACCCAAGGAGGCAUCAAGGCGGCUCGUGCCACCUCGAACCGCAUCAUGAGCUGGGGCCUGUUGGCUGGAAUUUUCUUGGGAGCAGCUCAAGUGGCGGCUCUGCCCUUUAUUUUCAAAGCAACGCCGAUGGAGAAUGUUCGUUCUGCUGCCAGAACACCGGCGAUCGUGGCAAGCAUUUUGCAGGCUAUCAAUGGUUUGGUAUUUGUCGGGGAAGGAGUCAUGACGGGAUGUCAAAACUUUUUGCAAUUGGCCUUGAGCACGUGCAUAGCAACCGCGGGAAGUCUUUGGGCGCUACAGGUGUUCCCAGCUCGAUAUGGUUUGACCGGUGUCUGGAUGGGUUUUGGUGUUUUCAACCUGCUUCGCUUGGCCGGUGUUUGGAUUCAUCAAUUCUAUACCAGUCCCAUUACGCCCCAGAAGGUUCGCGAAGCUGAGGCAAGCAGUGCCUAAAAAAUGCAAUGUGUGCCAGAAUGCAGUGCCAACGAAAAAAUGCACUUUGUGUGGAUUUUAGCGCACACAUUGCAUGGUUGAUGUGGAAGAAAAGGAUCAAGCAUGAAAAUACA